AAUUGUUCCGCAAGUCUUAAAUGUGAUCAAAACUCUUUAAAUAUUAAAUCAAUUACGAAAAAAUCAUUCAAGUAGUGGCAGUCGUAAAGAAAAGUAUUAAAAACACCAAAAUGAAAUUAGAAAAAAUUGGUAUCGUGGGAAGCGGUCUUAUAGGGCGAGCCUGGUCCAUGUUAUUCGCCUCCGCUGGCUAUCAGGUCAUGUUAUAUGAUAUUUUACCGCAACAACUAACUUCCGCUUUGGAAUAUAUUGAACAAGAAUUGCAACGUUUGGAAGAACAAAAACUUCUAAGAGGCAACUUAAAUUCUAGCGAACAAUUUAAGUGCAUAAAAACCACCACCGACAUUAAAGAGUUGGUUAAAGAUGCCAUAUUCAUACAAGAAUGCAUACCCGAACGUAUUGAAUGGAAGAAGUCAUUGUACCAACAAUUGGAUGAUAUAGUCGAAGCAAAAACAAUUAUUUCCAGUUCGACGAGUACUUUUAUGCCAUCGUUGUUUAGUCAAGAUUUAAAGCACAAAGAAAAUAUUUUGGUAUCACAUCCCUUAAACCCACCCUAUUAUAUACCUUUAGUAGAAAUUGUUCCUGCACCCUGGACUUCUAAGAGUGCUGUAGAAUUUACCAAAAAUUUAAUGUUGGAAAUAAAACAAAAACCCGUAACAUUAACUCGUGAAGUCUUGGGUUUUGCCACCAAUCGCAUACAAUAUGCCAUUUUAAAUGAAGUGUGGCAUUUAAUCGAAAAUGAUAUAUUAACUGCGGCCGAUGUGGAUACCGUUAUGACUGAGGGUUUGGGUUUACGUUAUGCUUUUUUGGGUCCUUUAGAGACGGCACAUUUGAAUGCUGAUGGUAUUGCUGAUUAUGUAAAACGUUUUGGACAGGAAAUUUUUAAAGUUAGUGAAACCUAUGAACCUAUACCAGAAAUGAAAGAGGGUGCUACUUUGGAAAAAUUGUCAAACCAAUGUGAGGAAAUGGUUCCCAAGGAGAGAUUGGCACUAAGAAGAACUCAAAGAGACGAAUUUUUGACCAAGUUAAAUGAAUUAAAGAAACAAUUUGAAAGUUAAGGUAGUUCAAAUUAAAUAUUUCAAUAAAUUUUAAAAUGGAAUCUUAAGUAGAGCAAAUAAACAGCAGUGGAAUACAAAAAAACUCGCCCACUUAAGCCAUGUGUUAG